UCCAGAGCGACGAGCCCGAUGGGCGUCGUGUGGUCGGCGUGCCGCGUGGAGGAGGCAGCGUGAUCUUUCUAUUGCCGCCCUGGCCGAUCUCGUGGCGGAGGCACGACCGCAGCAGGCAACGACGAGCCGAGCGGAAAGCGACGAGGGGCAGCCACAAUAUCUUCCGCCCACCAAUGGCCUCGCGCUCCCUCGCUCCUCGCUGCCCGCACCCUAUCCUCUCCUCUCCUCCUUCACCGGCUCCGAACGCUCACCCGCACCUCCAUGCCGCGCGCGCGCGGUAACACACCUCCGUGAGUCUCCUCUUGCUCGUAGUAAAACACUAGCGGACCAGAAAACGCCUCUCUAUCUCUCUUUCCUCGUCAGUCCCUCUCUCUCGGCGUGUGGUGGGCAUAGCUUCCCUGCCUCCACUUGUCUUCUUUGUUUCCUCUGCUGAGGGCUAGUAGGAUCAGUUCAGUUCCUCGCCGCCGGUCUCCUACUGCGUGCACUUCUGCUGCCUGCUGUCCUAGCCCUGUACCGCCGACUCUACUGUACCUCAUCAUUCGCCUUGCUGCAUCCGCCGCCUCGGUCGCGCAGGUGAAGCGGACGCCAUGACCGCGACGCCGGCAGUGAUCGGGCUGAGCGCUGGGCACCGCCUCCUCGCCACCUCGUUCGGCUCCCCCGACCUCGCGUCCCCGGACGCGCACUCGUCGCUGCAGUUCGCGGCCGCCGCACCGAAGCUCACCGUCGUCGCGCACCGCGCCCCCGCCUCCUCUUCCUCCUCCUCUCCGCCCAACGUCGGGCGCGGCUCUUCCGCCGCCGGCCACGCGCGCGCGCGCGCCAUCCGGGCGCUCAGGAACCACUCCGCGCCCGCGCUCGCCACGCCACCGCCGCCUCCUCUACCGGCGGACCCGACUCCGGACCUAGACUCGGAGUUCGAGUCCUCGCUCGAGGCCAUCGUGCUGCUGCAGCGCUCCAUGCUCGAGAAGCAGUGGGAGCUCCCCUUCGAGGACGACAUCAUUUCCACUGACGACGAGCAGGACGACAGGGUUAGCAAGGCCACGGUGGUGGCGGCGCGGUCGGGCGUCUCGGCGCGGCAGCGGCGGAUGAGCGGCCGGCGGCGGGGAGCUGGUCGGAAGAGCGUUGCCAUCAGCCCGGAGCUGAUGCAGAGCCGGAACCGCAUCUACCUCAGGGGCACCGUCAGCAAGGACCUCCUCACGCACAAGCAGGUCAUCCAGCUCUCCAGGAAGAUCAAGGACGGCAUCUGGCUUCAGCACCAAAGAUCAAAGCUGAAGGAGAAACUGGGGAACGAGCCAUCAUACAAGCAGCUGGCACAGUCACUGCGGAUAUCAGCUCCUGAACUGCGCGCAAGGAUGCGCGAGUCGUUUCUCGCGAGGGAGAUGCUGACAAUGAGCAACAUCCGUCUGGUCAUAUCCAUUGCCCACAAGUAUGAUAACCUCGGUGUCGACUUGGCAGACCUUAUUCAGGGUGGUCUGAUAGGGCUACUCCGAGGGAUCGAAAAAUUUGAUGCAUCGAGGGGAUUCAGGAUUUCCACCUAUGUGUAUUGGUGGAUUCGUCAGGGUGUUUCAAGAGCAUUGGCUGAUAACUCAAAAACGUUCAGGCUCCCUACGUAUUUGCACGAGAGGUUGAUAGCAAUUCGUGGUGCAAAGUACGCGUUAGAGGAUCAAGGAAUUGCUCCGACAAUAGAGAACAUAGCAGAGUCGCUCAAUAUAUCGGAAAAGAAAGUGCACAAUGCUACAGAGAAUUCACGUUUGCAGGCUGUGAACAAGGUUCUUUCACUGGAUCAACAGGCGUUCCCCUCCUUAAACGGUCUACCUGGGGACACACUCCAUAGUUACAUAGAGGAUCAAAACGUCGCAAAUGAUCCAUGGCAUGGAUUUGAGGAAAUGUAUCUCAAGGAGGAAGUUAACAAUCUUAUAAAUUCAAACCUCAACGAGCGUGAGAGGGACAUUAUUCGAUUAUACCAUGGCAUAGGAAAACAGUGCCAUACAUGGGAGGAUAUUAGCAGACAAUUUGGGUUGUCGAGGGAGCGUGUGAGGCAAGUAGGACUCGUUGCGAUGGAGAAGCUGAAGCAUGCUGCGAGGAGGAAGCAUUUGGAUGCAUUGCUUGAGGAUUAUUGAGUGAGAUGUUUUUCGUUUACACAAAUGCAGUGGCUGUAUAUACUCGGAAACAUAGGGUUCAUCAUCCUUGAAAGGCUUUACCGCUACUCACUCGGCAGAUAACUAUACAUGUACAUUUGUGACAAUCAAUAGGCACGAUUCAGAUAUCUAUGUCUGCAGCUGCACAGUCAUCAAAACGACCCAACAAAAAGAGAAGCUGUUUUUUUCCUUGGGAAGCUUCGUAAAUUUUCUGUAAUGUAUCAUUUAGCACCUUAAUCAGCAGAAGAGCAACAUUUAUGUACCGGAUCUGUAUUAUUAUCUAGUUACAAUUACAUGGAAGCAAAAUGCUUACAGGAAUAUGGUGCCUACAAAAUUUAUCUUA